AAAGGAAAAAGAGAACCAUGAUCCCGAGAAGGACUGAAAACCGUCUCAGUGCUGUCUGGUUUCCCUGGUUCAUCCUUCAGGAGCCGCGUGUGGUCAAGAGGAGUCGGGGGAAUGGCACAGGGAUAGGACGGAUAUAACAGUCGUCAUGCCAACCCCUUCAUCCCGCUGUAUGACUGAUGGUCGUCUGACAGUUUUGGAGCGCUCAUCAACUGUCAGUCCUCGGGGGACGCCAUGUCGGGACGCCGGCUUAGGACCCAGAUAUGCUGUUGCUGUGGACCGGCUCCCUGCUCGCUCUGCUGUGCCUUCUGUCCUCCGGUCAAAUCCUCCACCAGCACGCGGGUCAUGUACACCCUCUUCCACAUCAUGAGCUGCGCCGUCUCCUGCUUGAUGCUGUCCCGCACCGUCUCCGAGCUCGUCAGGGAAAAUGUGCCUUUCUUUAACAUGGUGUGUGACCAGGCGCAUGGCGGGGGCCACUGUGAGAUGCUGGUGGGCUACUCAGCGGUGUACAGAGUCUGUUUUGGCACUUCCUGUUUCUACCUGAUGAUGGCGAUCUUCCUCAUUGACGUGAAGUCCAGUCAGGAUUUCAGAGCGCUCAUACACAACGGCUUCUGGUUCCUGAAGUUCAUCACUCUGCUGUCGAUGUGCACCGCUGCCUUCUUCAUCCCAACAGAGUCCUUCCUGCAUGCUUGGCAUUAUGUUGGUGUGGUGGGAGGAUUUGCCUUCAUCCUUAUCCAACUCACCCUCAUCACAGCUUUUGCGCACACCUGGAACAAGAACUGGUUGACCGGAGCAGCAGAAAACAAGCGUUGGUAUCUGGCGGUGAUGUGUGCCACCCUCUUCUUCUACACCAUCGCCACCAUGGCCUUCACCUUCAUGUACAAGUACUACACACACCCCAUCGCCUGCCACUUCAACAAGGCCCUGCUGUGGAUCAACCUGGGACUCUGUGCCCUCGUGUCCUUCAUCGCCGUCACCCCGUGCGUGAGGCAGAAGCAGCCUCGGUCAGGGCUCCUCCAAGCCUCCAUCAUCAGCUGUUACGUCAUGUACCUCACUUUCUCUGCGCUGUCCAGCCGCCCGCCAGAGAAAGUGGUGUAUCAGGGCAUGAACAUGACCGUCUGUUACCCCACCGUGGGACAAGACGGCAUCCAGAACGAAGGCAACGCCGUGGCCAUAAUUGGAGCUGCCAUCAUGUACUGCUGCGUCCUCUUUGCAUGUAAUGAAGCUUCCUACCUGGCAGAGGUGUUCGGUCCGUUCUGGAUGAUCAAAGUUUACCGCUACGAGUUCCAGAAAGCCACCUGCUGCUUCUGCUGCCCCGAGGAGGAGGAAGCUGACGAGGAGUUUGUGAUUGACGACGAGAACAAAGGCUGUCAGAAAGUCAUUCACAAUGAGACGCAGAAAGUGGCUUACAGCUACUUCUUCUUCCAUUUUGUCUUCUUCUUGGCCUCGCUGUACGUCAUGAUGACCCUCACUAACUGGUUCAGCUACGAGUCAGCAGUGUUGGAGACCACCUUCACCCACGGCAGCUGGUCUACCUUCUGGGUGAAGAUGUCGUCGUGCUGGGCAUGUGUGAUCCUCUACCUCUGGCUGCUGCUGGGCCCUCUGUGCAGCUGUCAGCCGGAAUCCAGACCUCGCCGCUCACGCAUCAAACGGCGCUCGGGAUCCUCGCGUCACGUUUCCGUCAUCAUCUGACACGUUCUGCAAAGGGGAGGACAGGGAGCCAUGUGGACAACGGGUCAGGCGGCUUCUGAAGCCAGGGGUCAGGGGGAAAAGACUCACAGUGAUGUGAGAAGGACCAAUCGGAGGGCUCAGUGCACUGUUACAAUAAGAAGAACUGGAUAAAGUCCUGAUGUCACAGGCUGCACACUAUGAAAUGAAACCACCAGCGAAGACUUGACUGUGGUUUAGGAACACACGUACAGUAUGAAUUGCCAAAGGGAUCAGAAGUGAUGAACUCUCACUCUGCGUAAUGUGGGAAUUACAGUUCGUAGAUGUAAACAUGGAUAUGUUAUGAAUUUUAGUAUUAUUUUCAACUUCUUAGACUUCUAAUAUAAUAACAGAGGAGUUUUCUAGAUAUUUGCAGUAAUAUUGCUAGAGAGGCGCACAUCCCAAUUAGGGUUUUCUUUCUUUCUAAUAGAAAAAAGAAUCUGUCCUAAAACUGAAAGCCCUGUUUGCCCUCUGAUCUGUGAUCAUGAACAAAUCUUACUUAAAGUUGGAAAGGGAGAACUGUGGGUUGAAUUUCAAAGUCCAAACAUAACCUUGAAUGCAAGAGAUGACGCACUUCAGCAGCUCGAUACAAAAAUGCAUAUAAGUUUAAUCAAAAAAGGAAUGAAAUAUUUUGCCCACGUCAGCUGGAUUCUCACAAGAUCCCGCUAGAAUCACAGGAUCAGAUGAAAAUUGACUUGAUUGACUUACCCUGACCCUAACCCUAACCAAUCUAUCUCCUCUUGCCUAAACCUAACCAAUCCUACCAGAGCAGGCAGCAAGUACUAGCCAAUCAGAGGGACAGUAAGGCCGGUUAGGCCUUCCCCAUGCCUACCCCAUGCCUUUACCAUACCAGGGAAAAAAUUAUGAGACAGGCAAGGAGCUAUCGGCAGCUACGGAUGUGAUUUGGGUGUGUGUGAUGGUCUUGACGGUUCAUUCAAAACAGCAAUGGAUUUGGCAAGUAUAGAAAGUGCUUGCCCUUUUUCCAAACAGUUUCAAAUGAUGGCGUCUCAGAUGGUUCUGUGUAACAAACCAUCUGGUUAGAGUUGAGGUAUAGCUGCUGGAAUGACAAUGAAUAAAACAGUCACACUGUAGUUUCACAGGACAAUAGCAUUCACUUUCUUUAAUUUAGUGCUGAGAGUUUCAUCCUAUCAUUCAAUCAUAAACUUUAACUCCUACACUUGUCGUUGAGGAAGCUUUGGUUGGUUCUUAUUUCCAGCCCAACGCCAAAAACAAAGAUUUGUUAAUGUAUUGAAAUGUAACCUGCAGAGACCAGGACCACGGGGUUAACAGAUUCUCUUUCAGUAUUUUCCCUACAUCUUUCAGCAAGAUUGGUCUUUAAAUGCUGAGUGACAGACGGUCUGACAGAGUGACUGAAAGGCAGCUAAACAGAAAUGCAUGAUGUUCUUUAAAAUUCAAGACAAGAGGCUUGUUAAAUUGGGGCGUAACACUUUGUAUUUGACUUACAAUGAGGAACAUGUUGCAUGCUCGCAUUAUGUUGCUUCAUAGUUCAUUGUUCACUUAAUUCAUGUUUACAUUUUGUUUUGCUUGUGUUACUCUAUUUAAAAAAAACUUAAAAAACAUAAACCAAGAGUGCUCAAAAAACAAAACAAUACUGAAGGGAUAGAAGCUUUCUGUCUCAUGCCUUCAGAUAAAGUAGUCGUGUCUGCUGAGAUGAACCGUGUUGUGGAUCUAAAAUAGCCCCCUAUCCCCCCCCAUGUUGAUGUUGGUAUGUGGAAACCUGGGACUGGUUUCACCACUGAAGGGGAAAUGUGUCUGCGAUGACUUCCUUACAGUUAAUGAGCAGAAUUCUGUGAAAUCAAUGAAAUAAAUAUGUAUAGUUAUAUUAUCUGUAGUUUAAUGUAUGUACUCUACAGAAGCCCUGAGAGGCCAGUGAGAACAAAAUAUUCUGGUGAUCCUUUUUUUUAAAGUUGGAUCUAAAUAGUUUUUGUUUAUGACUUAAGAACAGGUGAAAAUAGGUUUUGGAAGGAUUGUUUUUAAUU